GAUUAUCAAUAAUCGAAGAUACAUAUAUGAAAACAUGGCUGCCCAAAUGAUACACGGUUUUGUCCAAAUAUGGAAUUCCAGGACUGGUAUGUCUAAAUCAAAAGAAGCAUUCAUUGGAACAAUGGAAAUACAGAAGAAAGUUAGACUGGUGCUCUAUUUCAAAACUGGAAAAUAUGUGACUUUUCUGCUAACUGAUAAUAUUCGAAAUGUAGUCCUUGGAUCCUAUAGAGGAAACCAAAAUCACCUGCAUUUAACUUUAAAAAAUAAUAAAUUCUUGUUUGUUAAAGGAUUAUCCUCCACAGAUGCUGAAAUGUUGAAGAUAUUCCUGGACAGCUUACAUCAAAAGAAGGUUCGGCCACCUGUGAGACCUGAUAAAGGUGGGAGUGUCUUUUCUAGCACAACACCACAGAAGAAAAUCAACAAAACUUCAUUCCGCAAAGUUGGUGAGAAAUCAAGUCACAAAUCUUUUGAGAAAGCAAAAGGUAGUGGGACAGGUGUCCUUCAGAGGAUGCCUUUGCUUAAAUCAAAAUCGUCAGCACUUACUGCAUGCAGAAAUUUAUUAGAAAAGCAACACAAGAGGAAAAUAACACUCUUGUCUAGCUCAGAGAUGAGUGAGGAAUUCUUGAAAGAAAAUAAUUCUGUAGAAUACAAGAAAUCCAAGGCAGAUCGCUUGAGGUGUGUAAGCUACAAACAAGAGAAACAACUGAAGUUAAAAGAGAUAGAAGAGAAAAAGAAAUUGGAACAUGAAUCUUCACGCAUCAUUAACACUACUGGAAAUCCUUACCCAGAUGACAUUGGUCUCCUUCAAGCGCUCACUGAGAAAGUGAUUUUGGCAUUUGUGUUACAACCAGGGUAUAGUGAGGAUUACUCAAAGUGGGACAAAUUAAAACUAUUUUUUGAAUUGUUUCCAGAGAAACUAUGCCACGGCCUCCCCAAUUUGGGAAACACCUGUUAUAUGAAUGCAGUUUUACAGUCUUUAUUUUCAAUUCCAUCGUUUGCUAAUAAUAUACUUAAUCGGGGUUUCCCAUUGAGUAAAAUUCCUCUUAAUGCUCUUACCAUGAGUUUGGCACAGCUGCUUUUUUUUAAAGAUAUUUAUAAUAUAGAAAUCAAGGAGAUGUUGCUUUUGAAUAUUAAAAAAGUCAUGUCAGCAGUUGCAGAGAUAUUCCAUGGCAAUGAACAGAAGGAUGCUCAUGAGUUUUUAGGUCACUGUUUAGAGCAGUUGAAAGAUAACACAGAAAAAUCCGACACAAGUUGGAAGCCUAAAAGUGAAGCUUGGGAAUAUCAUUUUUCUAAACCAGUUUUUGCUGAUGAUCCGCACACCAAUGGGUUUCCUUGCCCUGUCAUUACUAAUUUUGAGUUAGAGUUGUUGCACUCUAUUGUUUGUAAAGCUUGUGGUCAGGUUAUUCUCAAAACAGAACUGAGUAAUUAUCUCUCCAUCAACCUUCCUCAAGGAAUGAAAGCACUUCCAUCAUCUAUUCAGUCUAUUUUUGAUCUUUAUUUUGCAGCAGAAGAGCUUGAGUAUAAGUGUGCAAACUGUAAGCACAAGACUUCUGUUGGAGUGCACUCAUUCAGUAGACUACCUAGAGUCCUUAUUGUUCAUCUGAAACGCUAUAGCUUGAAUGCGUUUUGUUCAUUAAAGAAGAAUGACCAGGAAGUCAUCAUUUCCAAAUAUUUAACGGUAUCUUCUCAUUGCAGUGAAGGCACCAAACAACCUCUUCCCUUGAGUGAGGAUGCAGACAUUAUGGAUUUCCAAGUAUUAAAAGUUAUUCGAAAGAUGACUUCUGGAAGCAUCAGUGUAUCAUGGCCUUCGACAAAAAAAUCCAAAGAUAUCCUGGCUGCAUACAUUGGAUCUGAUAAGGAGUCUGAACAACGAGAAUUCCAGACAGUCUUUAAAGGAGCAAGCAGAAGACAGCAGCAAAAAUAUAUUGGGAAAAAGUCAAAACCAAAUGAGCCAGAAUUUGUAUACUCAGGAGAUCGAGCAUUCAUCGGAAACAAGCCGUUAGCUUACUUAAUGGCAUAUCUGGAAGACAUCUCACUUUCUCGGUGCCACAAAGCUGGAGGUAAACCUACCAGCAUCCCAGACACAUGUUUUCCAGAAGCCCCGUUUCAAGCAGUGCCUGAAAAUCCAAAACAAAAGAAAUACGUGAAAAUGAGUAAGUUUGCAGCUUUUGAUAGGGUUUUCAAUCCUACUAAAGAUUUUUUUGAAGAUAAAAAUAUCAGAGUUCCAGAAGGAUUCCAAAAAGUGACUGAACAGACUCCGAAUUAUGAUAGUAAGAGAAUCCGUGAACAAGUUCCUAAGCAGGCACUGCCCCAAAGCCUUCCAAAGCCAGGUGCCCAGGGGCACAAAGAGAAACUCAAAAGCUCUACAAAAUUAAAUGUUCAGAAGCCUAACAGGAAUUCCUUGCAUGCAUUGGGUUCCAAUAAGAACCCUAGAAACAAAGACAUUUUAGAUCAGUUAAAAUCUAAAGCUAAGGAAACAGAAAGAAAUGCCAAUAAGGGAGAUCAUACCUACCGGCUCAUUAGUGUUGUCAGCCAUCUUGGGAAGACUCUAAAUUCAGGCCAUUAUGUCUGUGAUGCCUAUGACUUUGAGAAGCAGACCUGGCUCACUUACAAUGAUAUGAAGGUGUUAAGUAUCCAGGAGGCCCAGAUGCAGCAGGAUAGGCGUUGCACUGGGUACAUCUUCUUUUACAUGCAUAAUGAGAUCUUUGAAGAGAUGUUGAAAAGAGAACAGAAUACUCAGCUUCAUAGCAAGGAGAUAGAGGAGAUUCUUCAGAAGAAAUAAG